GGCCAAGGCGGCGCCGAGCGGCUGCGGGCGGGGAGGCGGCCCAGCCCAACCAGCCGCUACACAGCCCAGCCCAGCCGAUACGAGCCGGGCAACGGCGGCGAGCGGCGGCGAGCGGCGCCCCGUGCCAGCGGCUGCCGGGCCAGGGCGGCCGCGCUCCGUGCCGCCAUCCGGAGUCGGCGAGAGGGAGGCCGCCCGACCGCCGCCCCGCCGCGCUGCUGCCGGGCGCCGCUCUCCGCGGAGGAGUGCGCGGGCGAUCCGCGAGACGGAGGCUGUCCGCCGGCCCGACAUGGCGAUCGCAAGGCAAGUGCUUUGUCUCUGUGCUUUCCUCUCCCUGCCGCUCGCUCGCUCCGAGCCCAUCCGCUACUCCGUAGCCGAGGAGGCGGCGAGCGGCUCCGUGGUAGCCAACGUGGCGGAGGACGCGGGGCUGUCCCCGGCGCAGCUGGCGGCUCGCGGCGCCCGCCUGGCCUCGGAGGACGGCCGGCAGCACUUUCGCUUAGACCCCGCCACCGGCAGGCUCGUCGUGGCCGAGAGGCUGGACCGGGAGGAGCUGUGCGGCCAGUCCGCUACGUGCACGCUCCCCUUCGAGCUCCUGCUGGCAAACCCGCUGCAGUUCUUUCGGGUGGAGGUGGCCGUGGAGGACAUCAAUGACCAUUCCCCCAUUUUCCCGGAGGAAAGAGUCAUUUUUAAGAUCUUGGAAACGAGCAACCCUGGCUCGCGUUUCCCUCUGGAGGGUGCUCGGGACCUGGAUGUUGGCAGCAACAGCAUCCAGGCUUACAGCAUUUCUCCCGAGAACGAGUACUUUAGCGUCUCUUCUGGGAGUCGGGUUAAAGGCAAGAAGUACGUGGAACUGGUCUUGGAGAAGGCUCUAGACAGAGAAGAGCAAACGGAAGUGGUUUUCAGUCUCAUUGCCAUGGAUGGGGGCUCUCCUCCCAGGAGUGGGACCACACAAAUCCACAUUGUUGUUCUAGAUGUAAAUGACAAUGCUCCCAUCUUCACACAGGAGCUGUACGUUGGGCAGAUUUUGGAAAAUGCACCAGAGGGCUUUGUGUUACUCAAAGUGGUGGCAACUGAUCAGGAUGUGGGAGUUAAUGGGGACAUCACCUAUCGGUUCAGUGAAGGGGUGGGCCAGAGCAACUCAGCAUUCACAAUUGAUCCUAUUAGUGGUGAAAUUAAAGUCACGAAGCCUCUGGACUUUGAGGUGGCAGAGAAUCAUGAGCUCAGUGUGCGGGCCAUGGAUGGCGGUGGACUGUCAGAUAUCUGCAAGGUGUUGGUGGAGGUGGUGGACGUGAAUGACAACGCACCUGAGCUGGUGGUCAACUCCUUCAACAGCCCCCUCCCCGAGAACGCAUUGCCUGGAACAGUGGUUGCCCUCUUUACUGUCAGGGACCGGGAUUCUGGUGCGAAUGGGAAGAUCUCCUGUGCCCUUGAGGACCAGCUAUUGUUCUCCCUGCGUCUGGCCUAUAAGAACUACUAUGAGCUUGUCACCGUCAAUGCUCUGGACAGGGAGGAGAUGGCACAGCACAUCCUCAUUGUCACAGCAGCAGACGCAGGGUCACCUCCUCUCACAACCACCCAGACCUUCACGGUGGACAUCUCCGAUGUCAACGACAAUGCACCUGCCUUCAACCAGACAUCAUACACGAUGUAUGUGCGUGAGAACAAUGUCCCCAUGGUGCUUGUUGGAGCUGUCAGUGCUGCAGAUGCUGAUGUGGGGCCCAAUGCCAAGGUGUCAUAUUUCCUGGCACCAUCCCAUCCCACAGAGCAGCCUCCCUGCUCCUGCAUCUCCGUGAACUCUGAGAAUGGGCACGUGUUUGUGCUGCGGCCUCUGGACUAUGAGCAGGUGAAGCAGAUUGAUGUCUUGGUGAGUGCCUCCGAUGCGGGAUCUCCUCCUCUCAGUGCCAACGUCACCGUCCACCUUGUUGUGGUGGAUGAGAAUGACAAUGCGCCUCUGGUGCUGUACCCAUCACAGGACAGCGGUCCACCAUCCAGCGAGCUGGUGCCUGUAUCAGCUGAGGCAGGGUACCUCAUCACCAAAGUGGUGGCUGUGGAUGCAGACUCGGGACAGAACUCGUGGCUCUCAUACCACCUGCUGAAGGCCACCGAGCCCGGGCUGUUUGUGGUUGGUGCCCAAAGCGGUGAGGUGCGGCUGAAGAGGCCAGUGACAGAGAGGGACGCUGUGAAGCAGAAGCUGGUUGUUGUGGUGCGAGACAAUGGGCAGCCUCCGCUGUCCGCCACUGCGGCACUGAACGCCCUCCUUCUCAAUGACUUCUCAGAAGUGCGCCUACCGCACAGCAGCCUGGCCACGGAGGACGAGAGUGACUCCCUGACAACCUAUUUAAUCAUUUCCUUGACCUUUGUCUCACUCCUCUUCCUCGCAUCCAUGACAGCCUUCAUCACUCGCAAGGUGUGCAAGAGAAAGGAGCUGAAGGCAGGGCAUGUGCUUUAUGGUGCUGGCAACUUGCAGAGCAGCCUGGCUGAUGCAGCCACAGCAGGGACCUUGCCCCAUGGCUAUUGCUAUGAGAUCAGCCUCACAACGGGCUCUGGCAACAGCGAGUUCAAGUUCCUGAAGCCCAUCCUCCCCAGCCUGCCACCACAGCAGUGCACCACGGUUGGGGGCACCCACGAUGAACAGGAUUUCCCCUGUGGCCCCAUUACUGCAGAGGACAUGGCACCAGACAACCCUGGGACCCUCUCUGCAGAACAGUUCAAUAAUCUUUCCUUUAACUAGCAUGGAGUCAGCACAUACAGAGGCUUCAUUCAUGCCUCACGAUAGGAAGGGAUCCCUGUUACAGCAUGUGGCAAUGGUUCCUCCCAGGUUAAUCUGCAUUUGCAAUUGGUGUCAGUGAUUUCUGCCAAAUUCUAUGUCAGAAGAAAUUUUGUCUCCCCCUCCAAACAAACAAACAAGCAAACAAACAAAAGACCUCAAGCCUCCUUCACCCAGGAAAUAAUAUUCUUCAGCUGUGAAAUGCUUUGCGAGUGGGGUUUGGUCCAGGGUCACCAGUCAAGUUCUUGUCUCGCUUGCUGUUAGGCAAGCUCCUGGCCCUCUUAUUCUGUGCUGUAACGCAAUGGCAAAGUCAGGCAGACAAAUCCCAUUGUCCUGGUUUCAGGUGGCAUAGAGUUAAUUUUCUUCCUAGUAGCUGGUAGCCUAGUAGCUGUGUUUUGGAUUUAGCAUGAGAAUAAUGUUGAUAACACACUGAUGCUUUAGUGGUUGCUAAAUCGUGCUUGCACUGAGUCAAGGACUUUUCAGCUUCUCAUGCCCUGCCAGUGAGGAGGCUGGAGGUGCAUAAGCAGUUGUGAGGGGACAGAGCCAGGACAGCUGACCCAACCUGGCCAAAGGGAUAAUUCAUAGCAUAUGACAUCAUGCUCAGCCUAUUGAGUGAGGGGAACUGGCUGGGCAUCUUGGGAUGCUACUGAGGAACAGGCUUGGCAUAGGUUGGUUGGUUGUGAGCAGUUGUUUUUCAUUUGUAUCACUUGUCUUUUCUUGUGUUUUAGUUAACUUUUCGUUGUUUUUAUUUUCACAUUCUUUUUCUUCUUGUUGUUCUUAUUAUUAUUUCAUUUUAUUUCAAUUAUUAAAGAUUUCUCAUCUCAACCCAUGAGUUUUCUCACUUUUAGUCUCUCAAGUCUUUCCCACAUCCCACCAUGGGGCUGUCUAGGGGGGUUAGUGAGUGAAUGGCUGUGUGGUGCUUAGCUGCCAGCUGCGGUUAAACUAUGACACAGGAGCUCACGGAAAUGCCCAUAGCCCUUGUCCCAGUUCAGAAAAGCAAGGAAGUUGUGAGUACUGUGUUACUAUGUGGUGGAAGCAUGGGGGGCUGGCUCUUCCCUGGGUGCUGGAUGUCUCUGUCUGAGAUGUUUGGGGUCUAUGUGUUUUGCCUUCUUGUCACGAUGUCUGUCUGGACAGCCAUUGUGUGUCUGCAUAUGCUGCACUAGUGCUGCGUGGUGAGGCAGGGAGUUGCUUACAUCAAACCCCUGUGGUGCACGCAGUUCCAGCUCAUUGGGCAAGAAAGGUAUUUUGUCCCUUUGAGUACAGCAGUCUCCUCUUCUCUAGGGGAGAGCAGUAAGGCACACAAGAUCUUCUUUUGGCCCACAAGAUGUGGUGGGCGUGCUGUCUUCCUGGGAUUACCUUGGAAAUAUAGCAGUGCUAACAGGAGUGGAAUGAAAUGGUGCCGAGCAUAGCAGAAUAGACUAGACUAGAGAAGACUAGAAUAGAGGAGAAUAUUUCAGUGGGGACGGACUUGCCACGAUCAUUUAGUCCAACUGCCUGAGCACUUCAAGACUGACCAAAAGUUAAAGCAUGCUUUUAAGGACAUUGUCCAAGUGUCUCUUGAACAAUGGCAGCCAUGGGGCAUCAACCCAUUGACUCUAGGAAGACUGUUCUAAUGUUUGACCAUCCUCUUCAUGAAGAAAUGUUUCCUAAUGUCAAGUCUGGACGUCCCCUGAUGCAGUUUGCACCAUUGCCACGCGUCCUGCCUCUGGAUACAAGGGAGAAGAGAUGAGCACCUCCCUCUCUCAGCCUCCUUUUCUCCUAACUAGGCAAACCCAAAUCCUUAGCCACUCCUCAUAGGACAUUCCUGCCAGACCUGUCACCAGAUCAGUUGCCCUUCCUCUGGAUGCAGCUGAGUAUCUUAGCAUCCUCCUUUAAUGGUGCGGCCCAGGACUGCACAGAGAACUCAAGAUGAGGCCGCACCAACACUAAAUAGAGUGGGAUAAUCACCUCUUCUGACUGGAUGGUUUCACUGUGUUUGAUGCACCCAAGGAUGCAGUUUGCUAUCUUGGCUGCCAGGGCCCAACGCUGACACGUCCUGGGCCUGCUGUCAACCAGCACCCCCAGAUUCCUUUCUGCAGGGCUGAUCUCCAGCCACUCCUCUCCAAAUUUAUACUUGUGCCCAGCAUUACUCCAUCCCAGGCACAGAAUCUGGCACUUGGACUUCUUCAAUUUCAUGCUAUUUAUGAUUGCCCAAUGCUCCAACCUAACUAGAUCCCUCUGCAAGCCCCAUUGUCCCUUGAGAGAGUGAGCAGCACCUCCCAGUUUGGUAUCAUCAGCAAAGUUGCUAAUGAUGCAUUCAACUCCUGCAUCGAGAUCAUUGGAAAAAUAUUGAACAGAACUGGCCUGAGAAUUUCACCCUGAGGAACAUCGCAGGUGAUAUGUCAGCAGCCAGAUAUAGCCUCCCCCAGCCCCAUUGACUACAACGCCUCUUUAGCCUCUUCUUUAGCCAGUUCACCAUGAACCUGCUCAUCUCAGAGUUGGACAACGUAUCCAGAAGAAUUCUCUGAGGAACAGUGCCUCAAAAUGUACUAAAAUCCAGAAAUCUACAUCCACAGCGUUCCUUCAUCCACAGGGCGUGUGACUUCAUAAUAGAAGGACAUGGACCUGUUGGAGCAAGUCCGGAGGUGGGCUGUGAAGAUGAUCAGAGUGCUGGAGGACCUCUCCUAUGAACAGAGGAUGAGAGAGUUGGGGUUGCUCAGCCUGAAUAAGAGGGGGCUCCAGGAAGACCUUAGAGCCCCUUCCAGUCCCUAAAGGGGGCCUUCAGAAAAGCUGGGGAGGGAUUCUUUAUUGGGGAACGUAGCGAUAGGAUGAGGGGUAACAGUUUAAACUGAAAGAGGGUAGAUUUAGAUUAGUCAUUAGGAAGAAAUUCUUAGAGUGUGGUGAGAUGCUGUCACAGGUUUCCCAGGGAAGUUGUGUAUGCCCUGUCCCGGGAAGUUUUCAAGACCAGGUUGGGUGGGGCUUUGGGCAACCUGGUCUUGUGGAAGGUGUCCCUGCCCAUGGCAGGGGAGUUGGAACACGAUGAUCUUUAAGUUGCCUUCCAAAUCUCACCAUUCUAUGAUUCUAUGAUAUCAAAGCAGUUAAGCAGGACUUUCCCUUGGUGAACGCACGUUGACUGUGCCUGAUGAUUGCAUUGUUCUUUAAAUGGCUGUCAUUAGUAACCUGUAUGAUCUUCUCCAUAAUUUUUCUGUGAACUGAGGUUAGACUAACAGGUCGGUAGUUUUCCUGGGUCUUCCCUCUUGCCCUUCUUGUAAAUUGGAGGAACAUUGUCUAGCUUCCAGUCAGCAGGGACCCCUCCCCAGUCUCCCAAGGCCUUUGGCAGCUGAUGGAGAGAUGUCCUGCUCUAACAUUGACUAGCUCCAUCAGUACUCUGGGACAAAUCCCACAGGUGCCAUGGACUUGUGAACAUUCCACUGACACCGCUGGUCCCUGACAAUUUCAGCAUCCACCAAUGGAAAAUCACUGUUCCUGCACUCACUGCCCUCUGUUUCAGUGGACCGGGCAGCCCAGCGUCAAUCUCUAUUGUUAAACAGCAGGUCAAGAAAAGCAUUGAAUGCCUCUGCUGCUUCUUCAUCCCUGUCAGUCAGGUAACCAUCUUCAACAAGUAUCAGUCUAAUGUUUUCUUUAGACCUCCUCUUCCUAUUAACAUAUUUUAAAAAGCCUUUCUUGUUGUCUGACACAAGGCUGGACAGUUUCCACUCUAAUUGAGCUUUGGACUUUCAUGUCUUCUCCCUGCAUAGACAAACACUAGCUCUGCAGUCUUCCUGCAAAGCCCGACCUUGCUUCCAGAGGUCACACAAUUUCUUUUUCCUCUUGACCUCCACAAGGAGUUGUUCAAACAUGCUCAUUUCCUUUGUGUGCAUUGUAAGGAAACUGCACAAGUUGCUUCAAAGGACUUUGAAGGUAGAACAAAGUUGAACUUGCAAAAGGGACAUUGAGUUUGGUGUCAUCGCUCUUCUUCCUGAAUUCAGAGGCUUCUUGAUGGGAUUGGAAAGCCAUCUUGAUAAGAUUUCUUGUGUUUCUAUUAGAACACUUACAUUCUCCAUUUUUCACUUAUUCUUUCUACUUUGUGAACUGUCUUUAAGCAUGGAAUAUUUGGAAACCCUGAGGCUAUAUUGUGCUACCUUUAUAAACUGUAUUGUUGUAAACUGGGAUACUGUUGAGUGUAAAAAUGAAAUAAGGAGAGACCUGAAUGCCUUGCGUGGAGACUGUGAUCUUUGUAGAGAUGUUUUUUUCUGGGAAAUGUCUGUCAACUUUUUUCAAAAGGCUUUACCUGUCGAUGGCAGCUGUGAGUUGUUUGAGUACAAAGUGUUUGUGACUUUAAAGGUGUAGGAGUUUCAGAAGAUGGAUGGCACAAAGACACCAUACAUAUUCCUUUUGGGAAGUAUUUGCACGUACAGGAGGAAGUGGGCAGUUGGUAAGUGAAAUCUGCUGUCUGGGAGAGGCUUUGAUCUCAGGAAAUGUAAAAGACUUUACUGAUCCCUUCCGCAGGGACCGGAUAAAAAUGUAACACAGGAGGCUGGUGUAGCGAAGACUGUUAUAUGUCAAGAAGUGAAUGCUGCACUAUCCAGUUAGCCCGAGUAGCAUCAUGGAGAAGAUCCAUGAGACCAUCAAGUCCAACUGUUAAGCUUACGUUACCAAGUCCACCACUAAACCCUGUCCCUAAGCACCACGUCCACGGACGCUGGGCGCUUCCGUGGGCGGCCGGUGUUAAGGUUUGAGAAUCCUUUUGGUGAAGAAAUGUUUCCCAACGGUGGGCAACGGGGAUCGGGGAAAGAGACGGGGCAGCUGCCGGCGCUGCCCGUGCAGUCGGAAUCAA